GGCUUGGCCCGGGCAAAGUGGGACCCUGGGCGAUUGCGGGCCGCAGUAAAGAGAAGCUGGAUGCACUAAAGAAGGAGCUUGGCCUGGACGUCGCCGUGCUUUCUGCGGACAUUGCCAGCCCCAGCUCCCUUGACAAGGUCUGCGCCGGCACCACCGUGCUCAUUUCGUGCGCCGGACCCUUUACACGGAUUGGGAUGCCCGUCGUGGAGGCCUGUGUACGCUGCCGAACGCACUACGUGGACUCGACGGGUGAGUAUAAUUUUGUCCGUCAGGUCAUUGAACGGUUCCACGAGGAGGCGAAGAAACAGGGUGUUGCGCUGGUGUCCUGUUGCGCCUUUGACAGCGUUCCUGGGGACCUGGGCAACUACGCUGUGCGUCAAGGCCUUGGGGCACAAGUGGAGGAAGUAAAGGCGUUUUACCAGUUGUCGAGCCCCGGAUUUUCGGGCGGUACGGCACGCUCUAUCUUUGCGGUCACAUGA